AGAUACCUAUGUAGCAGUUACAAGAAGAAAAGAAGAAAAAAGAGGAGAUGAGUUGUACAGGGUACACUCCCCUAACUAAAACUGUUAUUCUCCCUGCUGUGGGGAAACCACCUCCAGUCAAUGGGACGGUUAAAAUCCACAUCAAGCAGAUGCUAACAGAUGGGAAAGUGCUGUCAGAUUCUCUCCUGAACCAUCCUAGUGGGCAUGAGAUAGACUUAACCAACACUCACGUAUUGUCCUCGCUGAUAGACGAGUUAAUGACGAUGGUGCCUGGUGAGAUAUCUCAGUACAGGUGUAGACAGGAGGACAUGGAAAGUGGUCUUUUCUCUGUUGACCUCCCUUCCGGUCAGGAUCUAGUUAUUGAGGUGGAAAUGUUGGACUGGUCAGGACAAGACAUCUCACCCGCUCAGAACAAGUCGCUAAGGAAGAGUAUAAUGGAGGAGGGGAACUCUAAGGGGAAACCUUGCUGGACUGGCAAAUGUUUAGUGUCAAUCGAGAGCGAGGGAAGUGCAGCGAAAGAGACCCUAUUCCGUUUAGGAGAUGGUGACUCUUACAACGUCCCCUACCCUGUGGAAUUGUGCACUCUGACCAUGACACGGAACGAAACGUGUUUACUCGAAACCCCCGACUCUAAUAUAACACUGAAACUGUUAUCAUUCGAGAAGGAGAAAGCUCUUUAUAAGAUGACAACUGAGGAAGUUAUGGGCAGUGUGCAGGAGCUGAAAGUUCGUGGAAACAACGCGUAUAAAGCUAAUAAGUUGAGACUGGCUAAGCUGUAUUACGAGCGGUGUAUGACGUAUAUUGAUAGUGUUGCUAAGAGUGAACAAGACGAUCAGUGCACCGAGAUAAUGGCAGCAUGUAAUCUCAACCUGGCACAAGUUUACCUGAAAAUGGAGGACUAUCCUAAAGCUGUGUCUUACUGCACCACUGUUCUUUGGACCCAGCCCAAGUGUGUUAAAGCGCUGUACCGGCGCGCUGUAGGGCAUAACGCGCUGUGCUCUCAUGACGAGGCUGUCAAAGAUCUGACCACAUUACUGGACCAAGAGCCUGGUAACAAGGAAGCAGGGAAGCUGCUUCAAAAGGUGCGGUCUCACAAAUUGAGCAAGGCACAGAAAGAGUCCUAUCUCAUGAUAUCAGUUUUCCAGAAGAUAGAGGAGGAGCACGAGAAAGAAGGCUUGAACGGACCUCCUCCAGUAUCAGUGUGGGAUGCGGCAGAGGAAACGUGCCCACCUGAGCUGGCUUCCAUGGACGCUUAUAACGAGUACAAGGGGGCACUGGAGGAGGAGGUGAAGAAACAAAAAGAAGAGGCUGCUGCCAGGCAGGCGGAAUACGAUCUUUUAAACCCACCUAAGAAGAAGAAGAAGAAGAGAAAGAAGAAGAAGAAGCCUGUCCCAGAAGAAGUAACAAUCGUAGAAACAGAAGAACUUCUAGUUGAUAAGGCAGUUGUGGAGCCGGUACCGGCUGAACCUGACGCGGGUAUGGAGUAUGAGGUUACCGCGGAGAAAACAUUCAUCAAUAAGAUUGAGGAUCCAGAACUAGCUAAUGUUGUGAACUCCAACCUCGUGGUAAACGGGGAUCAAGGGGCAAGUGCUGUAAACCUUAACGAUAAGGAAAGUAUCCUUGAAAGUGUUAAGAUUUUAACAAAAGAAGCUGUUACGUCUUAUGAAAACGGUGACGAAGAUGCCGUUACAAUUGACGGAGCUGUCGCUGAUCUGAAAGAUAUCACGCUCGAGGAGAAUGGAGUUGGUGAAGCUAGUGGCUAAAAUAUUUUAAUUUUUACCUUCCUUCAAUACAAUAACUUAAUAAUAAUAAUAUAUAAUUAUAAUAAUAAUAUAAGGACAACAAUUUUUACU